GUGUGGAAUUCGCCCGCAGAGACGACUUAUCGCGAUGGACGUUCAGAUCUGAAACGGCGAAAAACUUCUCGGAACUCGCUAUGCGAAGUUUACGAGAUCAAACUGGACCCUGAGCUUGUUAUUCACAUAGGGGUCGUGCCUGGAUCCAAGGUUCCUGUGAUUACGGAUCGGAACCCUCAUUUGGAGGGCAUUUUGGAUCAGAGAAGGAUCAUCUACCUACCCUAUACCGAGGAUAAGAACUUGUUCCUGGAACUGCCCAAUUCGCCAGGAUUGUUUUUUACCACUCAGAGGUUGAACUUUGGAGCUGAAAUCUUCAUGUUGGACGACACGACCAUUCAUAAGAAUUGGAUCGUUCUCAUCAACCAGGUCAUCUUACACGGCAAACUUCGCAAAGGGAUUGGCGGUUCCACGACCCUGUCCUUAUUGGAGCAAGAGAUUCUUUGGCAGGAAUCCAUGGUGGAAAAUCUCAUCUAUUGUGAACGAAUCAUCGACUUACUCAAUCGAAAGGGCUUUAAGCCCAACAUCAAAUUCCGCCUUUCACCAGAGGGGAUCUCUCCCCAUCCUCAUCACUGCCAUCCAGAGCAGCGAGAAGAUCGUGGAAGUCCCCAACCUCAAUCAUCGUUAGCCUCCGCUGAGUUGUUGUCUGCCUUUGAGGACGAUUUCGAGGAGAGGCUGAAUAUGGAUGAGAAAGAGCAGCCACAUUCAGACACUCAACUUCAGACACCUCAAGGCAACACCGCCACCUGCUUAAAUGUGAGAACGAGCGAGAAGAUGAAGAACUACUACCGAGAUGAGCUCAAAAUGAGUCAAGGAAAAGCUAAAUAUUACCUUUAUGAACACGACUGUUUGCUUUUUGGAUUCUACGAGAACGGAAAUUGGAGCUUUGGAAUCAAAGAUCAAGGACCGCGUCCCAACGGAAAAGAAGUUUCCAUCCAUUCGGAAGCCGGAUUCGCCGACGGGAUGACCAAUGUACACGUCCGCAAAGCGGAAUAUCCACUCUAAAAUGAAUGGCCUUCAGCCCGACUUUCCUUUUCGUGUGUCUAUCCCACAUUUGUCAAAGGCUUUGAUGUAAUAUGGCUUCAA